AACCAGCGAGAGGAUCCCGAUCGGAAAGAAAAAGGGCAAAGAAACACCGCACCGCACCACUCCACUCCACACUCCUCGAUCCAGCCACGGCGGCCUAGCCCUCCUAGGGUUCGCCCGGCCCCCACCAAGGCGCCUGCUGCCGCUUCCUCCGCCGCGCUCCCAGCUCCCGCCUCGUGCUCGCGUCGCCCGAUUCGGCCGCCGGUGGCGAAUGGGCGGCCGAAUCGGUGCUCGGAGCUGGGCAUGACCGUCCCCUGUCGCAGCGGCCGGCGGCUCCCUGAUCUCGGGGGCGGGUUCUCAAGGUCGAGGGGAUCGUGUUGGCGUUACAGCGCCGCCUGAGGUGGGGGUUUCGGCGGGUGCUUGGUUUUGAGGGCGCCGGGCGUGCAAUGGCGAUUUGUGGUCGGCUCCGGCGGCAUAAGUGGCAUCGGUGCUAGCACUGAGCCCGAGAAGCUGCGACGUCGAGCUGCUUCUUGAUCUGAUGAGCUCGGGGCCGGCCGUCUGCCUCGGUCUCUCCGCGUUUCUGCUCCGUCCGCUGCCAAAAACCCAGCUUCUUGGAUCAAGCCGUGCUCAUUUCGUCGCUGUUCUUCGGUUCGUGGGGGAAAGGUUGGAGUUUUGAGGUGGUGCUUCCGUGCUUGGCGAGAGUGGUCAGCUCAGGAUUCGGGCGGGAUGGGGUCGGCGAUGACGCGUCUUUGCCUUGAUGGUCCGGGGUUCGGGUAGGUGUUUCUUCGAGCGGAGGUGGCUGCUGUUCCGUGGGAAGGGGAAGGCAAGUGGAAAAAGGCGGCAGCCGCAGAGGAAGAGAUGUUCUGGGCGCAGGGGAAGCAGGCAGGCAUUGCUGGGUGCUGAGGAGCAGCAGCUCCUGAAGUCGUUCGCCAGUGCAGCGGAGUUUGGUGUUCACGCUGUGGGUGGUGUCGGUGGUGGGAGAUGAAGCUCUCCCCGUCCAAGAUGCCGGAGGCCUCGCCGGAAAGUGACGCAUUUUGCAGGGGAGCAAAGGUGUCUGAACUCGGAGCUGUGGCAUGCUUGCGCUGGGCCCCUUGUGUCUCUGCCUGUGGUUGGAAGCCGGGUCGUCUACUUUCCACAGGGUCAUAGUGAGCAGGUUGCUGCAUCAACUAACAAGGAAGUUGACGCUCAAAUUCCAAACUACCCAAACUUACCUCCUCAGUUAAUCUGCCAGCUUCAUAAUGUCACCAUGCAUGCUGAUGCAGAGACUGAAGAAGUUUAUGCCCAAAUGACACUGCAACCAUUGAACUCGGAAGAGCAAAAGGAGCCUUUUCUUCCAAUUGAAUUGGGUGCUGCUAACAAGCAGCCAACUAAUUACUUCUGCAAGACAUUGACUGCAAGUGAUACGAGUACCCAUGGUGGCUUCUCUGUUCCGCGCCGAGCGGCUGAGAAAGUCUUCCCUCCGUUGGAUUUUUCACAACAACCUCCAGUACAGGAGCUGAUUGCAAGAGACCUGCAUGAUAACGAAUGGAAAUUUCGCCACAUUUUUCGUGGCCAGCCAAAAAGACAUCUGCUGACAACGGGUUGGAGUGUUUUUGUAAGCGCAAAAAGAUUAGUGGCAGGGGAUUCUAUUAUAUUUAUCUGGAAUGAUAAUAAUCAACUUCUUUUGGGAAUUCGUCGUGCAAAUCGUCCACAGACUGUUAUGCCCUCUUCUAUGCUAUCAAGUGAUAGCAUGCAUAUAGGUCUUCUUGCAGCAGCAGCUCAUGCUGCAGCCACAAACAGUCGUUUCACUAUUUUCUAUAACCCCCGGGCUAGCCCUUCUGAGUUUGUCAUUCCGCUGGCUAAGUAUGUGAAAGCUGUUUAUCAUACGCGUGUGUCUGUUGGAAUGAGGUUUCGAAUGCUUUUUGAGACAGAGGAAUCAAGUGUCAGACGAUACAUGGGUACAAUCACAGGCAUAACUGAUCUAGACUCGGAGCGUUGGCCAAACUCACACUGGCGUUCCGUUAAGGUUGGUUGGGAUGAGUCUACAGCUGGUGAUAAACAGCCAAGAGCUUCACUCUGGGAGAUUGAGCCAUUGACAACCUUUCCAAUGUAUCCAACUGCCUUUCCCAUGAGACUUAAGCGUCCGUGGGCUUCAGGACUACCCUUGAUGCAUGGCCUGUUCAAUGGUGGGAAGAGUGAUGAUUUUGCUCGUUAUUCUUCCCUCAUGUGGCUUCGAGAUGGAAAUAGAGGGGCUCAGUCAUUGAACUUCCAGGGACUUGGAGUGUCACCAUGGCUUCAGCCAAGAUUAGAUUAUCCAUUGCUGGGCCUUAAGCCAGACACUUACCAGCAAAUGGCUGCUGCAGCACUGGAAGAAAUUAGAGCUGGGGAUCCUUUGAAACAGACCUCUGUUCUCCUGCCAGUCCAACAAACUCAAAAUUUGAAUGGCGGAUUAAAUCCUCCGUAUGGAAAUCCUGUUCUACAUCAGAUGCCAUAUCAAUCUCAGCAGUCGCCCCUGCAAGUUGUUCAGCAAGGUUAUAGUCAGAACACUGGUAACUCUGGGUUCCUUCAAAGUCGGCUGCAGCAGCUGCAGUUGCAUAAUCCCCAGCUGCUGCAGAAGCAGCAAGAGCCGCCGCCACAGCAGCAGCUGCAAACACAGGAAGUUCUGCAACAACAAUCGCAUCAGGAGAUACAACAGCACCUCUCAUCUAGUUGUCAUGGGAUUGCCGAUGUAGCUUCUAACAUGUCGGAGUCCAGAUCUGCUUCUCAAUCACAAUCUUCUUUGCUUCCUGGAUCCUCAUUCUACCAGCAGAACAUCUCAGAAGGAAGCAGUGGUCCAGGUCUGCAUCUGCACAGCAGUUUCCACAACUUCUCAAGCCAAGAAACCUCAAACCUUCUUAAUUUGCCUCGAAGUGGCCACUUAAUGGCAUCAGAGGGAUGGCCUUCAAAGAGGUUGGCUGUGGAACCCCUUGUUCAUUUUGAAGGUCGGUCUGUGCACCCCAGGCUUGAGAAAGUAAAUCACCAGACUAAUAUAUCUCAAAUUUCUGGCACCUUGCCACCACUAUCAGCAAGAGACAGUUCUAGUGACCAGGCUUGUGGUACAGAUGUUCAGAGUCACCUGCUGUCGUCGUCAUUUGCAAUCCAUGAUGGCGUGACAACAGUCAGGAGUGGUGGUGUUGGCAGCGAAACUGAUUCUAUAACCAUAGCUUCGCUGAGAUACACUAAUGGGAAUUUGCUACCCAAUAACACCAUAGCAACUUCCAGCUGUUUGGGUGAAUCGGGUUCUUUCAAUUCUCUUAAUGAUGUUUGUGGUGUGAACCCCCCACAAUGUGGAACCUUUGUGAAGGUUUACAAAUCAGGGUCCCUUGGGAGAUCGCUCGAUAUCACCAGAUUCAGCAGCUAUUAUGAGUUACGUAGCGAGCUCGAGCGAUUAUUUGGUCUUGAAGGCCAACUGGAGGACCCUGUAAGAUCAGGCUGGCAGCUUGUAUUUGUCGACCGGGAAAAUGAUAUUCUUCUCGUCGGUGACGAUCCCUGGCAGGAGUUUGUGAAUAGCGUAUGGUGCAUAAAGAUACUCUCGCCACAAGAUGUGCAACAGAUGGUCCGUGACGGAGACGGCCUUCUGUCUGCACCAGGAGCAGGGAUGCUACCAAGCAAUGUCUGUGACGACUAUUCUGCAAGCAAUGGCAUGCAGAACCUCACCGGCAACAUUGCGCCAGUAGUGCCUCUGGACUACUGAGAUGAAGACCGGAAUCCAAACCAAACCAGCGAUUUGGCACUGCAGGAUCGCCAUCCGUGAUGGCCCGCAUUUUCUGUGAUCUUCUCUCUAGUCCCUUUCGCCAGGAAUAACUUAGUCAUUAAUAGCUGGUUGAUCCAUUGUAUCGCUAUGAUAACGGAAACGUUGUAUGAAUGUAUGAUAGCUGCUUUAGCUAUGUGAUAGCCAUAGCCUAAGCUCUAGAUGGCAGACAAUAAUUGUUCUUUGAAUUCAGGCAGGCACAGUAGAAGUGACCUAAUCCUGUAGCUAUAUAUAUAGUGGUGGAUUUAGAACUAAAAUAUCUGGAUGUCCCACUUGUUAAGUAGAGAUUCGGGUGUUCUAUUUGUUAGGCUAGGUGUCCUAUGAGUUUGAUAUAUAUGAUGUAUCACUGGAAAAUAUAAAAUUAAUGUCCUGUGCACUCUUCACCUUCGACGUGGGUCUGCAUGUGUGUGUGUAUAUAGCAUCUAAAACUGAUGAUUCCAUGUGUGCCCUAAACCAUUCAUUUUUUCCCCCUCAAAUUGCGGUUGGUUAAAUCU